AUGUUUAAGGUAUUCUCAGAAUGGAAAUCAAAAGUGCGGCGCAAGGCAAAAACUAUUGAGCAAUCGAGGAUCCAAACUGGAGGAGGGCCAGCAGACUCAACGGAAUUAAAUGCCGUUGAGGAGCAAUUGCUGGCCCUCACUUCUAAAAUUUAUUUGGGGGAUACUGAGGUAAAAGAGGCUGGUGUCUCAGCCUCAGCCUCACGACCAGAACACCCGCGUGACCGGUACGGUACUCAAAGACGCGGACCGGAUGGUAAAGGCAACAGCAAAGAACAUGCUGCGGGCUUGGAAUCCUAUGCCUUCGAUCCGCCAUUCCACAACAGCUUCUGGGGAGACUUAAGAAUCUCGUAA